GUGUCACCUUCCUGUCCAAAGCCAGGGACAAAUUUGGGGACGCAGUCCCUCCUCCUGAGACUGUACCACCGUGACCCCAACCUGGAAGUACCCGCCCCCCACCUCCUGUGAGCCCCUACUUUUCCUUAGGAUUUAGAAUUUCAGUAAACAGUGGAAUCUCGAUCCCCACAAUAAAAGGAGUGAGGGUGGGUAAGAGAACUCUUCUCCCCGAUCCUCCUCGCUUUCUUAAACCAGUUUAGGAAAAAGACCGGAUUAUGAGGAAGAGAGAAGAAUACCCCUGAAGCUCUCUGCCUGCCCCCCUUCUUUUCAAUAGGAACUGGGCAUGGGGCCAGGCGGGCUGGCAGGGCUCCCGGCAGCCGUGCUAGGUCAAGAGGCACCGACGGGCGAGGUUAUGGGAAGGGUGCUGCCGGGCCCUCUCCACAUACAGUGGGAGGACAAACCCAGCCUGGAUGCCCGGGAUCCCCAUCCAGAGUGGCUGGAAGCUGGGGAAGCAUGAAGAAGGAGGCUCUGGUUCUAACUAAGCAACCUCGUCUAACCCCGCCUGUCAUCGCCCAACUAGAUUUCUAACCAAGGCACCCAGUUCAUUGUUCUGCCUCCUGGCUGGGCCCUUGUGUCCCUGCUGUGUCUACCUCCGUCUUUCCAUCAUCUGACCACUUUCCCCAUGUCCCCCAGGCUCCGUGAGUGCCACACAGUGGGCAGGGGGUGGGGGCCGUCAUGUCAUCAUAUCAGAAGGAACUGGAGAAAUACAGAGACAUAGAUGAAGAUGAGAUCCUGAGGACCUUGAGCCCCGAGGAGCUAGAGCAGCUGGACUGCGAGCUGCAGGAGAUGGACCCCGAGAACAUGCUCCUGCCAGCUGGACUAAGACAACGCGACCAGACGAAGAAGAGCCCGACGGGGCCCCUGGACCGAGACGCCCUUCUGCAGUACCUGGAGCAGCAGGCACUAGAGGUCAAAGAGCGCGAUGACUUGGUGCCCUUCACAGGCGAGAAGAAGGGCAAACCCUACAUUCAGCCCAAGAGGGAAAUUCCAGCAGAGGAGCAGAUCACUCUGGAGCCCGAGCUGGAGGAGGCCCUGGCCCAUGCCACAGAUGCUGAAAUGUGUGACAUUGCAGCAAUUCUGGGCAUGUACACACUGAUGAGCAACAAGCAGUACUACGAUGCCAUCUGCAGCGGGGAAAUCUGCAACACCGAAGGCAUCAGCAGUGUGGUGCAGCCUGACAAGUAUAAGCCGGUGCCAGAUGAGCCCCCAAAUCCCACGAAGAUCGAGGAGAUACUGAAGAGUGUUCGAAGCAAUGAUAAGAACCUGGAGGAGGUGAACCUCAACAAUAUACAGGACAUCCCGAUAGCCAUGCUAACUGAGCUGUGUGCGGCCAUGAAGACGAACACCCACGUCCGGAGCUUCAGUCUGGUGGCCACGAAGAGUGGUGACCCCAUUGCCAAUGCGGUGGCUGACAUGCUGCGUGAGAACCGCAGCGUCCAGAGCCUGAACAUUGAAUCCAACUUCAUUAGCAGCACAGGGCUCAUGGCCGUGCUGAAGGCGGUUCGAGAAAACGCCACACUCACUGAGCUCCGGGUAGACAACCAGCGCCAGUGGCCUGGCGAUGCCGUGGAGAUGGAGAUGGCCACUGUGCUCGAACAGUGUCCCUCCAUCGUCCGCUUCGGCUACCACUUUACGCAGCAGGGGCCACGAGCUCGGGCAGCCCAGGCCAUGACCCGGAACAACGAACUACGUCGCCAGCAAAAAAAGAGAUAACACUGCCCUUCCCCGACCAGCUAGAGCUGGGAGCCCCGAAUGCUUAAGUCCUCAUCUGCCCCCCUUCCUGUAAAUAAAGGCCCUCUGUCUACUC